AUGGUAAAAAAUCAAUCAUGUAUCGGAAUUUUUAUAAUGUUUACUUGCAAAAGAUUACUUUGGGUUAUCAAAGAUAAAGGUGAAUCUUGGACUGGUGAAUACUUUCGUGAUAUAAUUUUAACUCAAAAUGUAUUUCCCUUCUUAAAAAAUGAAGAUAAUGUUAUUGAUCCUGAUGAAGUUAUAUUCGUUCAUGAUAAAACACCAUGUAUGCGAGCAAAUAAAACUCAACAUUUGCUUCAAGACAAUUGUGUUAAAUUUUGGGGUAAUGAUAUCUGGCCAGGAAAUUCACCUGAUCUUAAUGUGGCAGAACGUAUCGAAUCAAUAAUCAAAAAUGAAGUGGAAAAAAAAAUGUUAUCGGAAACUGGAUAUAAUCGAUAUCAUGAAGACACACUUAAAAUGCAUAUUGAAAAUGUCUUAACUAGCAUGGAAGAAGAUACUGAAUUAUUUGAAACUCUUCUAUGUUCGUAUCCAUCUCGACUUCGUGCAGUAAAGAAUGCUAACGGUCGUCACACAGAUUAUUGA